CAUGUCUCUAGAUUCCCUGUAGACUUCAUUGUAGGUUCUUUACUGCAGCUUUCAAAAGAAAUAUACAAAAGUCACAUCUGACUUGAGCUUUGAGGACAUUUAAAGCAUUUUGUGCUCUGUUUCUGCUUAUUCUGCCAAUCAUCACCUGCUUAACAAUGCACACGUAACUGGUGAUUCUAUAUUUGAGGGGGAAGUGGAAACUUAUGGUGUCUUUCAUCRAGGUAAUUUUGUUGGCUACUUAACCUACCUCACUAAGACUUUGGGCUCCAUUUCUUAGGCAUUUUAAGGAGGUUAUGUUGGAACUUCAGCAGACCACUGUCCCUACAUUCUCUCAUCUUAUUCAUGGCCGCCAUGUGCAAGUAAUUGCAAACAACAUCAAUCGAGUAUUUUACAUACCAAAGUUAGGGAAAUUCAGUUUCAAAGACUGAUGGUUUCCUCUCUUCCUGAAAACCUGAGAAUUAUGGAAAUUAACUGAGUCAUAGGGAUGGUGGAGGAUGUUAGGCUUGAACUGGGAAAUACAGGAUGAAAAUUUCCACCAUCUCCUUGGUCUAGAACUGCUUCAGUGCAGUCUCUGAUGGCAGCAAGAAGACAGUCAUGGUGCUCUGGUACUGGUCUGUCCAUGUGUUUCUGGUGCAUGUAUUUCUCAUUUCUUAUCAGACUGUGCCAUUGUUCUCCUGUUGUCUUACAUCGAAGCAGCAAAGGGUAACUUAAUUACUGCUCUGCUAUAAUUAACAAUGUASACAUUAGGGAGUUUGUUUCUGUUGGUCUAGUCACGUUUAGUUGUCAUACAAUAGGUAUGCURUGAGCUCUGCAAAUGAGUCUUCUGAAGACCUGAUUGUCUGGGUAGGUGUUUGGGAUCAAAUCCAUGUUGAGGAUAUAAAGCUCACAAAAUGUUGUUUUUUUCUUUGAAAAUGUAACUGUGUCAUGUAAUUUCAUAUAGAAAGAAAAGGCUGAAUUGAUUAUUUCUAUGGCUGUGCUUUUCUGAACAGGGACAUAUAUGAAUAAAGUUUAAACUAUUCUACACUUUGUGAUCACAGGCACAGUGAAAUUCCCGGGAGUAGAUAUAGUAGCAUGAGAUUGUGGGUGCUGUAAGGAGUAUUUUCAAAAAGAGCGAUGGUAAGGUAGUUUGGAUGGCUUGGUWUAAAAGUGCAACUUUAACCUUUUGCAGUUCUAUUAUUUUGCUAAUACUCAGGGGUUAUCUUAAAUUUCUAUGUCCCAUGUGCUUUUGAAGAGCAAACACAGAAGACAUCAUUCCUUCUAAUAUUAGUACUAAAUCAGACAAUGGUUGGCAGAGAUGUUAGUGUUUUAAAAGAAUAUGAAAAUAUUGAACUGCUCUACUGAAAGUUUUCCAUAUAUAUUGAUAGGCUGAAAAAUACUGAGUUUUGGYAGAUUUUGCAUAUUGCAAGAAAAUUCAAAAAUUCAAAGCAGCAGCACUGUCAUAGUUUGUUGUAUAAUUAAAGGUCAUCUUCAUUCAGUCUACAGAAAUGCAGGUACAGCUGAUUAGAGCAGUUCAUGGAGAUCUGAGUAGAGACUUGGGCCUGCAGUCCUUGAUCUUUUCUGAUAUUUAGCUCUUGGUGUUUACAGAUAAAGAAACUUCGCGGGCAGUUGUUAUUUGAAAAAGAAAAGAGAAAGGAAAUCUCUGGAGGGAAGAUGGUAAAGAUACAUUCAUAGCAGUAGCAGCAGUUUAUCAUAUUACAAAGUUGUGAAAUAGGAGCUUAUAUGUAUAAAGGCUGUGCUUUCUCAGCUAAAGAAGAGUUUCUUUUAUGUUUAAUACUUAUAUUAAAAAACAGAAGUAACAUGAACAAAAUGUUAAGGUUGAAAAUUAAAUUAGAAAACCUUGGUAGUUCACAUUUUUGUGAGCUGUUUUGGUCAAGUGUAUUCUUGACAUUAUGUCAAAGCAAGGUUUUUACAGUUUUUAUAUGAAUGCCAGGAUUCAAAACAUACACUGUUAACAGUUUCUCAUAGACAAAAUUCAUAUUGCAGCAUGAGAACUUUUAUAAAUAGGAAUAGCCAUUUGAAGCAAAGAUUAAAUGUACUUCUGCUUGUUUUACCCAUGCUGAAGGAAAUUAUGUAAACAAUGGAAUAAUAACCAUGCUUUUUCUGUAAUAUUCCUAUGAUAAUGACAAUCCCUGAAUCUAAAAUGCUUGUUGUGCAUUUCAUAAACUGUUCCUGAGGUUCACAUGGUGGGUCUCUUUCAAUUCAAUAAUGUAUGUAAUUCAGAAACUUCUUUUACUCUUUUAAAGUAUAAUUUAAUUCUGACAAUUAAUUAUACCUCUAAUUCACUGAGUUAUUAAUCAUAAUUUGUAUCCUGGGCAGUAUAAUAGUGAAUGAAGUCAUGUAUACUAUCAUUAUAACCCUUUUGUGGAUCAAAUUCAAAAGGCUCUGUUGUAUUAAUUACUAUUUAUUACAAUGCUUGUAGGAAAAAAACCCACAUAUAUUUAUAAUACUAUUGACUAUUUACUACAAUAGCUUGUGGGAAAAUGGUGUAAACUAGAAGAUUUAGAUUCUUUAAUCRUUGUGUUUUGAAGUUCUUGUCAGUCAAAUUUGCAGGACUGAACAACCAUAAAGUCACAAUUAGUUGCAGUUUCUGAUAGUGAGUUUUAUACAGUGUAUUCAUCUAUKUAAGAGUAGUGCUUUUAUACUUACUGUUGACAAGGAAGAGGAAGAGAAAAAGAAAUAGAAAUAAACUUUACUUAUAAUAUGAACGAUUUUUUUUUCCUUAGAAAUACAUAAAUUAGCUCCCUGACAUGCCAGUUCCCUUGCCUCCGAUCAUAAUUUUAUAUUAGUMUUAGAUUUUGUAUUACAUUUUCUGUUUCUUAGGAAAUGUUGUGAGAAAUGUGUAUCAAUGCUGAUGGUGUACUGGGAAGAAAUGGCUACUAAAUUUCCUCAGUAGCAGAUGGGUGCAAUUUAAACCCCACAGACAGACAGAAAGGUGUAAUUUUGUCAUCUAUCUUAAGGAAGACUMUUCUGUCUUUUUAUGUCCUGGUGGRAGGUUYUGGUCAAAGACCAUAGAUGGUCUUUUCCUUCUAGCAUUUCUUCUGCUGGAGGAAGACUGGAGGAGCUGAGGUCAUUAGACAUUCAGUUCAUUAGCUGGAAACUGGCACGACUGCUUUCUAAACCUGAAUUGCAGGAUGGAGGAGAGACAGCAGACAGAACUGGCCAGGGGUUCAGGAGGAGUUUUUGAGGAAGAGCCUUAGGGGAUUUAGGGGAAGAAUUUUCCAAACAUAUACUUGAGAUGUACUGUUAUUUAGAGCAGAGAUGGAAAGUCCCUCCCAGUGCUGUGCUCUGGGCUGAGCCCCUUACUCCCYGCUGAGGAGUGUGGCAGCAAUUCCCUUUGCUUUGUCAGGAGGACAAGAGGUUUGGGGCAUGGCCCAAAUGUCUGAAGUCACUUAGACUUCCUGUAAGAAAAACUGUAAGGUGCUCAGCCCUGCCUGAGCAGGAGGACUGGAAAAUUAGUCCAUAUUCUUCUUUUGGUCUCCUUCUUUUCUUCCUUUGGCUGCCCUCCUUCUGCAGUGGCAGGCGUGGAGAGGAAGGGUGUGUUGGCUGGAGGCUASCAGAGUGAGCAUCAGGUGUCAGUCKUACCAGUGCAGACUGGUCAGGCCUGAGAGUCUCCAUGCAACURCCUUCUCUCCUUCAGUAAUGAAAAUGUCUGCAAAUCUAGGGUAGCUGCCUUCUGGCUAYGUGCAUUUAUAAUAUUAGCAUUCCCAGAGUCAAAACUAAUAGCAACAGUAAUACCUGGCCAACAAGUAAUACCUAGGUGUUGGUGCAGCCUAUCCUGAAAACUACACAUGUAUGUUUAGGGGCAUUCUGUUUGCCCUGAGUAGGCUGAUUAUAGCGCAUAGCAUUGYAAUCACAUGCAGAUUAUUUAAAGUUGUUUUUUAAUUUACAGAGUCAAUGUACUGUGAAACCAUUAAGUCUGACCUCCAACCAAGUCACUUAUAUUUCGUUUGGGGAGUUUGCCCAUCCUCCCCCAUACCUUCUCUUUUCCCACUCGUGGCUGUUAGGUUGUUAAGAUUCUGGAGGUUAAAUGAUUUUUUGAGUUACCUGGCUGCUCUGUAUUAAUGUAUUCAAAAUAUCUUUUCUUUUGAUUUWUUUUAAAUGAAGUAAAGGGAGCAUUACAGAUUUGCAAGAAAAACAAUUUGAUGAUGCAUGUARCAAAUACGUUACCAGGAUUUCCUUGUACUCCCUCUUUUAGAAAAUAAAUUUAAUACCUCUCAAUUAAAUCUCAUAUUUAAGCAGCAGGGUGUUUUGGCAAAAGCCAACAGCCACACACUAAUGAACUCUUAUAAUUUGCUAAAUUGUUUUAAAUGAAUGACAGUACAUUUAGAUUUUUAAUAACAGUACAUUUAACUUCUGAACAACUUUGAUCAAGUCCACUUUUAGUCAGACUGCCUGCUGUGCUAAACUCUUAAUUCCCAAACCCUGCUCAGUUAUUCAGAAAAAUUGUUAAUCAGAAACAUUAAAUUAUUUUCWCUUUCAGAAGCACGAAGUCUAAUGGAGACUUGGCCAAUUCAUCACUUUUCUUUUAUCUGUCCUCAGAGCUAAGUCUGGAUGAGUCUUCAUUAUUUUGACAGUGCUUUAUAUAAAAACAAGUGGAGAUCUUUCUUUUUUUCGUUGGGAGAUCUCUAUUUUGCAAGGUGUUGCCUUUUGAAAGAGCACCUAUGUUUUUUGCCAAUUACAUAAGCUGCCACAGUUACAAAACUUGAGCUAAAACUUGGUUCGUUUUUUCAGUUCCUGGUUGGAUUCUGUACAUGCCUUGGGUAAAGUCAAAACAUGAGGCAAAUUAUUCCUACUUCCUUUUAUACGGUGAAGUCUCACCAUUUGUUGAGCCUGAUAGAAAGAACUAAGCUAAAGUAUUCCUUUUCUCUUGUGGAUCAGAGUACAACUGAGAAAAUGAAGACUCCCACAGAGCUUUUCUUUUCAAAGGGAAUAUGCAUUUCUAUUCUCUUCUGCUACCCCAGCUCCCUCAGGAAUUUGAUAUUUAAUACCUAAGAUGUGCAAUGGAUAUUUUACUUCUUUGCUACACAUUUUAUUUAUUCACCUUUUACUUGUUCACAUCUCUAUCCAAACAGUAUGUGCUUAUAUAUGCUACACAACCUAAGGUUUUGCCUCAGAAUCAAUUACCAUCAAUCUCAGCCUAUAAAAUACUGAGAAGCAAGAGCCCAUYUUAUCAGGUCUUUGUGAAGCAAUGAUAACAAUUACUGAGGAACAGAUUAUUUUAAAUUAUAAUCCUGCUAAUCUCUGUKGAAGUCUUCUAUGGUCAGAUAUCUCUUUUAAUUACUUUUUACCACUCCUACAGCAUACAGUUCCAUCAGAAAUCUSUGUUGCUCUUGAGCAGAGUUCUCCAUAUUAUCAUAAUAUCUGUUUGAUGCAGUAUAUGAUAUUUACCUUUUAUCAUGUGUCUUUUCUCUAAAAGGCACUUAGAUAUGCAUGACAAGUGGUACAGGGAAAGCAUAAUGUUUAGCUGACUGUUCUCACCAAGGAAUACAUAAAACUGAAUCAAGACACAGAUUCUUCACAUAGAUUUAGCAAGAAUCUCCACUUAUCUUGGCAAAAACCCUCAGUGUAUAUUUAAGUCUUUAAAUUUUCUAAAAUGUUUCAAACUUCACUGUGCAUUAUAUCGUAUGUAUUGUAUAUGUUUAUCUGUAUCAGGAGAAGAAAUAUAUUUAUUUAACAAUGAUUUUAAUAAUGUUUGAAGGCAGAAUUUAUUAACGUCUUAGUAAGACAGACUGUACUGUUUCAUUGUUUCUAAAUUUUUAGGGGAAUGUUUUCAACUGAACAUGGUGACAUGGCAAUCAUUCACUACAGGAGAGGCUAUUUAGCCUAAUUGUGUUUGUUGUUUGGCAUUGACCUACUCUCCCAGUAGCUUGAGCCCUGAGCUCCCCAUUGUGUGUGUAUGCACUGUGGUUAAAACCACACCUUGCAAAAGCAUGAUGUGCAUGUGGAAAUCACAUUAGAAAGCCACACAGAAUCAACAGUUGGCUUCAAAGAGCCUUCUUGUCUCUUCCAGUAAAAUUUCUGAUUUCGUAGCAUGUCUCAACUGUUGACUGAAUUUACAGGAUAAACCUGAAGUUUUUGCAAUAAAAGUCAGMUUUACAAAAUCCUCCAAAAAAGUGUCACCAGUUUCUUGUAUUUGGGUUUACAUUCUCUAAAAUACUUAAAUGUACUGUCCUUAAAGCAAAAAAAAAACCCCUGAGUAGUCAAAAAGACAGCCAUGCAAUGAUAAACAUGGCCUURGCAGAAGUAAUUUCAUUUUUAUGAGCUGGAAAAUCUGAAAGGUAGGUAAGGCCUGCCAGCUCCCACAUGGUGAAAGCCACCUCUGUACGAUAUUAUAAUUGCACUGGUGAAGGGCAGAAGUUUUAUAAACCCCCUGGGAAUGUUCAGAUCUGGCCCAAAUCUUGCCUUAGCUCUUGAACAGAACCAUUCUAUUCAGAAUCACAGAAAAAACCUGCUGAGCUUUAACCUCUUAUCAUGUUUCCAGCCAGCUCCUGGUAGCUGCACCAGCAAAUGUCCUUGUGUCUACAGAUGGUCUUUCUCCCUUCCCUGGACUGGCUCCUUUUAGAUAUCCUAACCUAUUCCUUGGAAARCCCCAGAGCCUCCUCCCAGGGGUAGGGAAGACCAUAUGGUGAAGAUGUCAAACCAUUUACUCCUGAGAAAAGCAAGGAAAUUGUGAUGUCUCUACAGCAACCUGCAAUCUUCUGCAACAUGGUCAGCGACUGGCCAGCCCUGCACUGGAAUGCARAAUACCUUUCUACUGUGUUGGAGGGAAAGACAAUCCAGUUUAGGCUSGGCCUGAAGACAGUGGCUUUAGUUCCCCAGUUUGAAACCAGUUGUAGCUAUGUGGAAGCUACACUUGAAGAGUUUUUGGCUUGGACUUGUGGGCAGCCUUGUCUUUCUGGACCAUUCAGUUGUUACGAUUACUCCAAAUACUGGGCUUAUGCUGACUACAAAUACAUURCCAGGAUAUUUGAAGACAAGCCAGAAAUUUUCCAGGAUGUAAGGUGGUCUGACUUUGGUUUUCCUGGAAGAAAUGGAAAAGAGAGCACACUGUGGAUUGGUUCUGAAGGAGCAAAUACUCCCUGCCAUUUGGACUCCUACGGCUGCAACUUAGUGUUGCAAGUACAAGGAAGGAAGAGAUGGCACCUCUUCCCACCUGGUGACACCAGUUUCCUUUAUCCUACCAGGAUCCCUUAUGAGGAAUCCAGCAUAUUCAGCAAAGUCAACAUUGCCAACCCKGAUCUGAAACGCUUUCCCGAGUUUAGGAACUCAACAGCCCAUGUUGUCACACUCAGUCCAGGACAGGUCCUGCUCGUUCCAAGGCACUGGUGGCACUAUGUGGAAUCCAUUGAUCCUGUCACUGUCAGCAUAAACUCUUGGAUUGAACUGGAUGCAGAUCAUGAAGCCCGUGUAGAAGAGGCAAUAACUCGAAUGCUGGUAUGCGCCAUAAAAUCAGCAGAAAAUCCUAGUGAUGGAGAUCUCUGGCUAAAUCCCACAGAGGUUGAGGCAACYUCCCAUGAAAUCAACCUUCAGUACCUGAAUAAAGCAGUGUCUGCAUACCUCAAGUGUCAGGAGACAAGUGUGUCAGGGCAGGCAUGUUCCAGCAGCACUGGUGCAGAGCAAAGGACAAAUGCCUCGUGCAAGAGAAAGAGAAGAGAAAUUGGCUGUGAGCCAGAGGGCUGCACGUUACUAACCCAGGAAUGGGACUUUCCAACACCCAAAGCAGAAGAGCUGCAGAAAAUGCCUUUUGGGCCUCAUCUUGUUAGGGUUUUGCCACAGUCUCACAAAACAAGCGUGAUGGGUGCAGCAGUUGAAAGUGACGGUAGAGAUCUUCUCCAUGAAAAUGAAGGAGAGCAUUUUGGCAAAUUACACUGCAAAAGGAAGAGAUUGUUAAUGAGUAAUGACUGUGAGACAGCUGCACAUCAAAUGGAUUCAGACUGCAGUCCAUGCUCCUCACAAACAGCCCUUUCUACCAAUGACUUGUUAGACUGUCUGGUUAACCCACGUGUCAUCAGUUUAGUGGCUCAGCUGCUGUUGGAGAGAACAAGAGUGUGAUGCUGGAGUGCUUUAUCAUUUCUGGAACAGAAAUCAAACAGCAGCCUUGUUCUGUGUGUUCAUGAUCUGUAAUAAUUGAAUGUUCAAUUGCAAAUAAUUUUAGGUACAGAUAGACACAAUUAAUGGUUAAGUGCAGGUUGAAGUUGAGCUGAAAGAAGAAUAGCUGGUUAGUGAUGGCUGGGAAGAGAAARGUGUGUUCAGUCAUGGAGCUGCUUAGUGCUGUGAACAAGAGAGAGCACACAGAGUGAGUGCAUGUGCUGUUCAGGUGGAUCUUCACAGCGUCCUACAGCUCUGAGCUGGGAAACAAGUCUGGCUUCAUGGUAGAUAACAGAGGGAGUGCUGGGAUGUGGUCACAUAGCAGAGGRGGACCAAGAGAGGGAGCAGAUUGUAGUGGAUCUGACUAUAGACCACAUUUAAGUAAAAUGGUCAAUAAGCGAUCAUUUGAUUGCAUCAGAAAUAAUAAAUUCAAAUAAACCUAAACCUCAGCCAAGUGACAGUGCACUCACUAGUGCAUCUACUUCCUCCCUUCCACUAAAUAAAUUCAGUUUUGUCACAAAGCUCCAGAUYGGAGUGAGGCAAAAGCCCUUAGCAAGAAAGUAGCCUUUAGCUAGUUCAGAAACUCUUGGAGCUAGGAUAUUAAUGGCCAUUGGGAAGUUACUAUUAUAUAUUUAAAGCCAGAUGUGCACAGUUCUCCAUCUCUAAGGAAAAAGCAAAGCAGCUAUGACUUUCCUCCACUGUCCUUCUCUUUACCAUAACAAUUAAAAUGUUUUGGUUUUUUUUUCUUUUGGUUGUAAGUGGUUGCUGUAAUCCUGUCUUCAAAGUAUAGCAGUCCUUGGAUUUGUUUUGGAAGGCUGGGUUGUUCUUUGGUUGAAGUUAGGGAACAUGAAAUAYAGGCAAGAAGGUGGGUUAACACUGAAGCUGUGCACGGAGGCUUGAACAAAACCUGGGAAGAAAGAGCUGGCAUCUUCUGGGAUGCUCUCACUGCCUCUGGUUUCUGUUUGUGGUGGCAACAGAGAGGCAUUUCCCUAACAACAGUUUCAAAAGACAUCUUCAGGGACAGSUYCUAUGAAACCUUUGCUUUCAGAGYUUCCCUUUGCUUGUGCCUGCUAGAGACCAACAAACCCAUUUCUGUCAUCCUGAUCCUGUAACAUAAUCCUGCACCACCAGCUCUCCAGCUGGUAUUUCUUUGCUUGAUGUGUGUUCCCUGCUAAAUACAUGAAGCUAGAGCCAUUUUCACAAAGAUCAGUUUCCACCAAUUUAUAGUUGAAAAAUCCUGACAGCAAAGGUGCUUUCUCGCUGCUUUUAUUCAGACUGAAUAUUGGCAGGGCCCUGAUGAAUUAUGGUAAGAUUUGCACCAAUAGAUCAGAAGUUGAGGAAACCUUGCCAUUUCAAAAAUCUCCCUCAAAACUUAAUACACUUGGAAGAGGAUUAAGUUGAAAAGGCUCAAAUGUUCAUGUUUAGCAAGCACAGAAAGCUUAUCCUGAUGGAAACAGCACUGUGUAGUUUGCUGGAGACCCUGGCUUUGAGGAGUGGCUGUGUGUUAGCAGAGGUCACACGAGCUCUGUCUGACCCAAAAAUGUGCAGUUUCCAGUGUUCUGCUCUGCCAUUGUAAUUGGGCUCAGACCCUGAUAACCCCUGUGUGUGAUCCUCAGGGGCAACCUGCAGGUGAGAUACAAUUCUCAGCAACGUGUGAAAAAAUCCAGUAUUUUUGUGUCAUGUUUUUACACCAAAGGGUCUCAAUGGGGUUGCACCACUGCAACCAGACCAGAAUUCAAUAAACAAUCCUGUUGAUACAGUUCCUAUUUGUGUGUU